AUGGUUAUAUCUGAUAUUUCAUCAAAUGAUACUACAGAUGUAUCUGAACAAAAUAUUCCAAUUAAAGGAAGUAUAAGAUUGAAAAGUCAUGAAAAAGGAAAAUUAAAAAUAUAUUUAUAUCCAAAUGAACAAUUUGAUCAAGUAGAUGAGAGUGAUGCGAUUGCUAUUUUAGUUAUUGGUGAAACAGGAAGUGGUAAAACAACGAUAUUGAAUAGUUUUGUAAAUGCGGUAUGUGGAAUCAAGAUAACAGAUGAUUUUAGAUAUAUAAUUAUAAAUGAAGAUAAUUUAGCACAGAGUAAAGAUCAAUCUAAAAGUCAAACAAGUGAAGUAACAAUUUAUAAUAUUAAAAGAACAAAAAGAACACCACCAAUAAAAAUAAUAGAUACACCUGGAUUUGGAGAUACAAGAGGAAAGGGUUAUGAUAAAGAAAUUACUAAUCAAAUCAAAAAAGCAUUUGAAACAAAAGUAUUAGAUUUAAAUGCUAUUUGUUUUGUUGAAAAAUCAAGUAAUGCAAGAUUAACAAUAAAUCAACAGAAAAUAAUUAAAAAUGUUACUGGUUUAUUCGGGAAAGAUGUGAAAAAGAAUUUCAUUGUAAUGCUUACAUUCUGUGAUGGUGAAGACCCACAAAUUACAAAUACAUUACAAUCCAAAGACUGUAUUUUCAGUACAAUUAUUCCAGAAAUAAAUGAGCCAUGGUAUUUAAAAUUUAAUAAUUCAGGUAUUUAUGAUGAUAGUACUGGAGAUUUAUUUACACAAAUGUACUGGAAAAUAGGAAUGAAGAACUUUGAUAAAUUUAUAGAAAAAUUAAUAAAAUUACCAAGAAAAUCAUUAAAACAAUCUAGAGAAGUUUUAGAGAAAAGAGAACGUAUUAAAGUCCAAAUUGAAGGGCUGAGAAUAUCAUUAAAUAAUGGAAUAUCAAAACUGAAUGAAAUAGAAGAGACAUAUGAACAACUUUAUUUGAAUCAGGAUAAGGUUAAUAAAAAUAAAGAUUUUACAAUUGUUGUACAUAAAACAAAACCAAAAAAAUUUGAAUUAAAAGGAGAGUAUGCAACUAAUUGUAAGAAAUGUAAGAAAACAUGUCAUUAUCCAUGUCAUGUUCCAUCUCUUGUUUCAUUCUUUACGAUAAGGGCAUGUCAUUGUAUUGAAAACGGACGUUGUACUGUAUGUGGGUGUAGUCACUCAGAUCAUGAAAACGAAUCAUAUAAAUGGGAUGAUGAAGUUGUGACCAUAAAGGAAACAGCACAAGAAGUAUUUGAAAGAUAUAAUGAAGGUAAAGAAGGUAUGGCUAAUGCAGAAAAUCUGUUAAAAAAGUUAGAAGAAGAGUAUUAUGAAAUCCAAAUUGAUUGUUAUGAUAAACAACAAGAAAUUAUAGAUUGUAAUAAUAGAUUAUCAGAAAUUGCAUUAAAUGGUAGAAUUAAUAGUAAUAAUGAAUAUUUAGACCAAUUAAUUGAAACAGAAAAUGAAGGAAAGAAAAGUGGAUAUAAAGAAAGAAUAAAUGGAUACAAACAACUCAAAGAAACAAAUAAAAUGAUAGAAGAUAUUAUGAAAAAUUCAAUAACAAAAAAGAGCAGAGAAGAGAUUAAAGCAGAACUUGAAAGAAAAAUGAACGAAAUAAAAGAAAGAGAAAAAUUAAAAAUAGAUAAAUGCGGUGUUAAAAAUUGUGUUAUCUGCUAA